GUGGAGUUGGCAUGAACCUGACAGCAGCAGAUACAGUUAUUUUUACCGAUAGUGAUUUUAACCCGCAAAAUGACUUGCAAGCAAUAGCAAGAGCUCACCGGAUUGGGCAGGACAAGCCUGUAAAAAUUAUCCGCUUGAUUGGGCGAGAUACAAUUGAAGAAAUAAUCUACCGAAGAGCUGCUUCUAAGCUCCGGCUGACAAAUGCCAUUGUAGAAGGGGGUCAGUUUGCUCUGGGAGCACCCAAGCCACAGGGAGCAGUAGAGUUACAGCUGAGUGAAAUCUUGAAAUUUGGCUUGGAUAAAUUGCUCUCCUCUGAGGGGAGUACUAUACAGGAUGUGGAGCUAGAAAACAUCCUUGGAGAGACAAAAGGAGGGAAGUGGGUAAUGGAUGUUGUGCUGCCACGCAAAGAAGAGAGUGAAGAGGAGGAUACAGAGAAUCACAUGUAUGUGUACGAAGGCAAAGAUUACUCAAAAGAACCCAGCAGAGAAGACAAAAAAGCAUUUGAUCAGCUUUUGGAUCUUCAGAAAGCCUUGACUGAAGAGACCAGUAAGGAAGGGAGAGCUCUCCGGAACAAAGCAAACGCCCUUCUCACAGGCCUCCGGGAACAGUCAACCAGGAGGAAGCACUUGUUGAGCGCAGAGGAGCUGGAGGCUAGGAGGAAGAAGCGCCAAGAAGCAGCAGCAAAGAGAGCAAGGCUUAUGGAGGAAAAGAAGGCGGCAAAAGCAGCAGCAGAACACAAGAAAAAGAUGGCCUGGUGGGAGGCAAAUCAUUACAAGUCUACCUGCCUUCCUUCAGAGGAAAGUGACUCUGAGGAAGAGUUUGAGGAGGAUGAGGCUGGGCUGAAUGUGGAUUUAGAUUACAAAGAUGCAGACCUGAACUGUAUCAAGUAUGUCAUGGGAGACGUCACCCAUCCCAAAGCAGAAGAGGAGGAUGCCAUCAUUGUCCACUGCCUAGAUGACUCCGGCCGCUGGGGAAGGGGUGGUUUAUUUACAGCUCUGGAGGCUCGUUCUGAUCAGCCAAAGAAAAUAUAUGAGAUGGCAGGAAAGAUGAAAGACCUGGAGUUAGGAGGAACCCUGUUAUUCCCCAUUGAUGAUAAAAAAUCCAGGAAAAAAGGACAAGACUUGUUGGCCUUGAUUGUAGCUCAGCACCGGGAUCGGUCCAACAACUUGUCUGGCAUUAACCUGUCUGCUUUGGAAAAGGGCCUGAAGAAGAUUUAUUUAGCAGCCAAGAAAAGGAAUGCAACAGUGCAUCUUCCACGUAUUGGGUAUGCAACAAAAGAUUUCAACUGGUAUGGUACCGAGCGGCUCAUCCGAAAAUAUUUGGCAACACGGGGUAUCCCCACUCUAAUAUACUACUUCUCUAGGAAUAAAGGCUCUUCCUCUGCUUCACAACCAUAUUCAUCUUCAAUGACAGUCUCAAAACCAUAA